AUUUUUUUGUUUCUUAUCAUUUUAUCACUGUACCCUGUACCAAAGUUCAACGAAGUUUCAUUGCUUCGUUUAUCGGCUCAUUUCAUUUAUAGAAGCCGGCAAGACUAGAUUAUAGUAUUAUAUUAAAAUGGCUUCCGUUGGUUCUGUGACACGCGUUUUGCUCGGCAAGAAUGUUCUCAACGGGGGCCGCUUUGUAGCAGCAUCGAAUACCGGUUUGGUGAAGUUUUACAGUGCAGCUCCAGCAUACGAAAACAUCAAGACCGAAGUGGUGGGCGCCAAGAAGAAUGUAGGACUCAUCCAGCUACACCGGCCCAAGGCCCUAAACGCGUUGUGCAAGCCGCUUUUCCAAGAACUUGGGCAGGCUGUGCGCGCCUUCGACGCUGACGACUCCAUUGCGGCCAUCGUUCUCACUGGUAACGAGAAGGCGUUCGCCGCCGGAGCCGACAUCAAGGAGAUGCAAAACAACACCUUCUCCGAUAACACUAAGGGUGGCUUCCUGCGCGAGUGGGAGGACGUGUCCAACUGCGGCAAACCCAUCAUCGCUGCCGUUAAUGGCUUCGCUCUCGGCGGCGGCUGCGAGCUCGCCAUGCUGUGCGACAUCAUCUACGCCGGCGAGAAGGCCAAGUUCGGUCAGCCCGAGAUCAACAUCGGCACCAUCCCCGGCGCGGGCGGCACGCAGCGCCUGCCGCGCUACGUCGGCAAGUCCAAGGCCAUGGAGAUCGUGCUCACCGGCAACUUCAUCGAUGCCUUAGAGGCCGAGAAGAUGGGACUGGUGAGCCGCGUGUUCCCCGUCGAGAAGCUUCUAGAGGAAACGAUUAAGCUCGCCGAGCGCAUCGGCACCCACUCCCCCCUCGUCGUCAAGAUGGCCAAGAAGGCCGUCAACCAGGCCUACGAGACUACCCUCAGGAGCGGGCUCGAAUUUGAGAAGCAAGUGUUCUACGGCACCUUCGCUACGGAGGACCGCAAAGAGGGAAUGACUGCUUUCGUUGAGAAGAGGCCACCCAACUUUAAGAACAACUAAUUUUAUACUUUGUUUAUACUGAAAAAUCUGAAAAUCAUGUAGCUCAUAAGAAAAAGUGCAAUUAUCUUGUUUAAAAUCCAGUCUAUAUUGUUUUAUUACAGUUUACUAAAUAUACUAUUUUAUUUUUAA